AUGGGCUUUACUAACGAAACUCAAGCCUUACUUGGAGGCGAUUCCUUGUCAUGCUUGAAUAAGAAAAAGUCCAACACCAAGAGAAACUUAUCCUACUUUCUCAACAUCAUAACUGUAUCUAUCAUUGCAUAUUUAUGUUUUUUCUCAACUAAUAACAACAACAAGAAGAAUGCUCCACCAACAGUAGAUCCUCAUAAGAAAAAGAAUAUCAUCAUGAUGGUCACGGAUGGUAUGGGACCUGCCAGUUUAUCCGCAGCCAGAUCAUUCAGACAGUUCCGUGAUAAACUUGCCAUCAACGAUAUUUUAACUCUUGAUCAGUAUCUUAUUGGAUCUUCAAGAACCAGAUCAUCCAGCAGUUUGGUGACAGAUUCUGCUGCCGGAGCCACUGCAUUCUCAUGUGCCAUGAAAUCAUACAAUGGUGCCAUUGGUGUUGCCUCAGAUAAAUCCCCAUGUGGUACCAUUUUAGAAGCAUUGAAGUUGCAAGGUUACUAUACUGGUUUAGUUGUGACUACUAGAAUCACCGAUGCCACUCCAGCUGCAUUCAGUUCCCACGUUGAUUACAGAUUCCAGGAAGAUUUGAUUGCCCAACACCAAUUGGGAGAGUACCCAUUUGGCCGUGCCGUCGAUCUCAUUUUGGGUGGUGGUAGAUGCCAUUUCUUGCCUGCCUCUAAAGGCGGAUGUCGUGGUGAUGAUAGAGAUUUGAUUGAAGAGUACAGCAAAACAUGGCAAUAUGUUGGCGACAGAGAACAGUUCGACCAGCUUCAAGGCGGUAAAAAUGUCUCCUUGCCAUUAUUGGGUUUGAUUGCCAAUACCGACAUUCCAUAUGCUAUUGAUCGUAACGAAACAGAAUACCCAUCGUUGGCAGAACAAGUAAAAGUUGCCUUGACUGCGUUGUCAGAUGCUACCAAGGAUUCGGACCAAGGGUUUUUCUUGCUCAUUGAAGGGUCCAGAAUCGACCAUGCAGGACACCACAACGACCCUGCUGCCCAAGUUAGAGAAGUGUUGGCCUAUGACGAAGCGUUUGAAGAAGUCAUCAAGUUCAUUGACUCCAGUGAUGUGGAAACUGUUGCUAUUUCUACCAGUGACCACGAAACCGGUGGUUUGGUUGUUGCCAGACAAGUUUCUGAAAACUAUCCAGAUUACUUGUGGUAUCCAGAAGUGUUAUUGAACAGCACCCAUUCUGGUGAUUACUUGGCUCACAAGAUUGCAGACUACAAGAACAAAGACGAUUCUACUAAGCUCACAAAAUUCAUCAAACACGAAAUUUUGGAAAAUGAUUUGGGAGUCAGUGACUACACUGAUAAAGAGGUACAAGCUAUUCUUGACAAGGCCAAUGAUCCAGCUAACUUGUUGUAUGUGUUGAACAAUAUUGUGUCCCUCAGGGCGCAAAUCGGAUGGACCACCCAUGGCCACUCUGCAGUUGAUGUCAAUAUCUAUGCUCACACCAAUUCCCCUGCCAUCAAAGCCAAAUUGGAAUCAGCCCGUGCAUACCAUGGAUUAACAGGAAACCAUGAAAAUAUUGAAAUUGGUGCUUUCAUGGAAGAAAUCACCGGAUCAAGUUUGAGUCGUGUUACUGAAUUGAUCAGAAAAACCGAACACUCACCAGGUAGCAACAACAACAACAACAAAGAGGUGUUUAAUGCUGAUGCCUUCCAUGGUAAUAUUUAA